AUGGAAAUGUGGAAGUUGAUAUACCAGGAGGAGCUGCCCCCGGAUAUUGGGCCUGUGAAGGACAUUUUGGAGGAAUACAGCGGGAUAGACUCCACCGAGGUGGAGGCACAUCUUCAUACUAUUCGAGAGAAGGCAUGGAACGCGACUCGAUACCCUUGCAUCGGUAGAUGGCGAUUUCUAUACAUCGACCCGUCGAGCGACCCUCGAUACCAACGAGUGUUAUCCCGGCUAACCUCGUGGCGGUCCUCUGACGUAUUACUGGAUCUAGGAUGCGGCGUCGGCCAGUCCCUUCGCCAAUUCUCAUACGAUGGGGUACACGCAUCCAAAUUAAUAGGCCUCGACAUAAAUCCUACGCUUAUCGAGAUCGGCUUCGAGCUCUUCCGCGACCGGCACCGGACGCCGGCGGGCUUUGUCGUGGGCAACAUGAUGGACGAUGUCGACGAAGGGCUCGAGAAGAUUGACGGACGGAUAUCGAUAGUGCACGCCUCCAAUUUCUGGCACCUCUUCAACUGGACGCAGCAGCUCGCCAUGGCGGUGCGGUUGGUGCGGUUCUUCAAAAUGGGCGAGAAACGAGCAAUGAUAUAUGGCCGACAUUCGCCAAGACCACGCACGCCCAUUUUCCGCCAUGACGGGUCCGAGGAGAUCGACGAGGAGCCUACGGCGGACACGCCCCGAAUCGAGGAUCCGCGAGCGACCCCGAGAGAUAUAUAUGGAGAGAUGUUGACCGAGGCCGGCGUCAAUCAGGAGGUGAUUGAACCGGCGAGGCCAUUGAAGCGACGGAUGGUGCGGCGCCGGACGCUGGAGAUUGGUGAUACUGCGCCCGAACUUGAUCAACCCUCGGCGGGGCCAGCAUCAGUCGAGACAAAAGUGGCGAGGGAACUCGAUGAGACGAGUGAAGAAGAAGAGGAGGAGGAGGAGGAGGACAUCGUGUUUGAAGACGUCGUCAUACCUAAACCGACGAUACAGACCGUCUACAUGACCUCGGAUGACGAGGGUUCAGAAGGAACUGACGAUGACGACGAUGACGACGAUGACGACAAAAAUCCCGGCGUUGCAUUCGAGGACGUUGACAUGAGACCGCCCGUUGCGACUGUCCACUUGCCUGAACCUCAACGGAAGGAUAUUGAACUCAACCUUUCUGCUCAGAAGGCGGCCAUGUCACCGAUGAAGAGGGGCCUUGGGAGGAAGAAGCGGCCACUGAGCAAGGAGGAGAAGAAACAGCGCCUAGAGGUGCACAAAGUUCACGUCCUCUGCCUCCUCUACCAUUGUGCCAUGAGAAAUCGGUGGUGCAAUGAUGCCAAGGUUCAGGGGUGCCUCAAAAAGCUACUGAGCCAACGGAUGCUAAACAGCCUCAACCCGAGCCGGACUCUGUCCCAGUUCGGGAGGACGGAGGCGCUUAAAGCCGGACUACAGGAAGUGGGCCAAAUGUACAGGUCGAGGUAUCAGGUUACGGAAAGGGGCCUACGCCGAGCCCUCUGGGCCGAGGACCCCGAUGAGGUUGGCGAUUUUGAUCCUCCCACCGAUUUAGAGGCCUGCUUAGACAGGUCCGAUUUUCUCCAAGUGGCGAAAACUCUCCAUGGGUCACGCGAUGUAUCGGCGCAGGAGCCCAGCGACUUAGCGUCGCCGGGCAAGGCUGCGGCCUCGGGGUCCUCUACUGCCUUGUCGACGCCCCCGAGGCGGCGCUUCGGGCUAUCUACGACAGCCUCGCACUAUCGCCGGCCUCCAACUACCUCGCCACGAAGCUCGAAAUCCCAUGGCGGCACGCCAAGAAAAAUUAAAGAGUCACAUUUCCCUAUUUACUGGGUUGAGGUCCUCGAUGUGGCCCACCAAAAGUGGCAGCCAAAUUCACUCUCGUACGUCGUGGCAUUUGACGAGGACGGAGCGGUCAAGGAUGUGACCAAGAGGUAUGCCAAAGCCUACACGGCGAAAACGCUCAGGCUCCGGGUCGAAUCCGCAGAGGAGCAAGGGGCGCGUUGGUGGCGCAAAGCGCUUCGAAAAUAUUCGCGGCGAAGGCCCACGGAUCUCGAUCAGAUUGAAGAUAAUGAGCUUGCUGCCGCGCUGGCCCGGGAGCCCAUCCCGAGCAACAUCGCCGAUUUCAAACACCACCCACUCUAUGUGCUACAGAGGCACCUGCGGAGAAACGAAGUGCUGCAGGCCGAUGCAAGAGACGUGGGGACCGUGGCGGCUGGAUCACGAGCACCGCUGGAGAGGGUGUAUCUUCGAAGGAACGUGAUGGUAGCCCGGAGCAAGGAGAAGUGGUAUCGAUCGGGGCGAGUGGUCAAAGACAACGAGAUACCCGCAAAAUGGUUGCCGCCGCGGAAACAAACCAGGCGAGGCGAAGACGACGAAGACGACGACGAAAAUGUACAGGGUGACGCCGGAACUCCGCUAUACCUGCUCGAGCACACGGAGGAGUUCCACCACCCGCCCGUGCUCGCGGCGCGAGCAGCCUUCAUACUAGGGGUGGACUACGCACCAGCGCUGACGGGAUUCAAAUUCAAGGGCCGCCACGGCACAGCGGUACUUAGCGGCGUGGUAGUUGCGGCCGAGUAUGCAGAGGCGGUGAGAGCGGUAAUCAAGGGCUUGGUCGACUUGGAAACGGAAAUUGAGGAGGACCGGAAGCGGAAAGCCUGUCUCCAGGCAUGGAGGCGCCUGCUCAUGGGGCUCAGGAUCAGACAAAAGAUCUGGGAGGGCGUGGAUGAGGACCUCGAGGCGCAGAGGGAGGCGGAGAAACAGGUUGAUGACGAGGCCCGCGGUGAUAGUAGCCAUGCCCUGACCGACGCGGAAAUUGAAGAUGCCGCGAGCGAUGUCACGGAGGAAUACGAGAUUAGGGAGGAGGAUGACUACGGUGGCGGUGGUUUCUUUGUUGAAUGA